AACUCCGGGACGAGAGAAAACGCCGUGAACGUGAGCAUCGCAUUCUUCUGCUUGGGUGUGGUGAAGCUGGGAAAUCGACAUUUAUCAAGCAAAUGAGAAUCCUCCACUCUCAAGGGUUCACAGAGGAAGAAAAGAUUCAGAUCAAAGAUGAUAUCGCCUCCAACAUUAUCGAAGCCAUUCAGACGCUAAUCCAGAACGCCAUCAAUGACAGCUCAAUCGAAGAGGAUGUGAAAUUGAUCGAAAGUCUACCGCCCCGUCCCAAACCCGGACAAGUGCUCCGCUAUGUGGAUAUCAUUGAUCGCUUGUGGAAGCACGAAGCCAUUCAGAAUGCCUACGAGCGUCGAAAUGAAUUCCAAUUGGUGGAGUGUGCCAAGUAUUUCUUGAGUCGUGUCGGACAAGUUCUUCAACCCGAGUAUAUGCCCUCCAAUCAGGAUAUUGUGCAGACCCGAGUCAAGACCACAGGGAUCAUUGAGCAUGAUUUUCUUAUUAUGUCCAAAGGCGAAAAGCCCAGAAAGCUCAUUUUGAUUGAUGUCGGAGGCCAGCGAAGUGAGCGCAAGAAAUGGAUCCAUUGCUUUGAGAACGUGAUGUUACUUAUUUUUCUCACGGCCGUGAGCGAGUUUGAUCAGGUUUUGGAUGAAGAUGAAUGUACAAAUCGCAUUCAAGAGAGCCUCCGUCUAUUCCAGACCAUUCUAGAAUACAAUUGGUUUCUUAAUACGACGGUCAUCUUGUUCCUGAACAAAAAGGAUCUGCUCGAAGAGAAAAUCAAACGGAAGGAGAUCAAGGCGUAUUUUCCCGAGUUCGAAGGACCCGAACAUGAUUAUAACGCGGCAAUUGAGUUCUUCUCGGAUAAGUUUCGCUCCAUGAAUCGUUUCCCCAAAGACAGAGACAUUUACAUCCAUCCGACUGAUGCCACAGACAAGGAAAAUAUCAAGGUUGUCGACGUGAUUGUUCAAGAAAUCAUUAUGAAAACUAUCCUUAUGGACACCAUGGUCAAUUAGUGCUCAAUGAGCGCAUAAUGAUUAUUGAUCCUUUGUCAUCCUUUGCAUGAACAUAAACGGUUCUUUCUGA